AUGGCCGAGUACAAGGUAGAAGUGACGACAGGUAACUUGCAAAGUGCAGGAACAUCGGACCACAUAUAUGUCACUUUAUUUGGAAGUAAAGGGCAGAGUGACCGAACUGAGUUGGACAACUAUGGUAUCGACUUCACAGCGGGGACAACAGGGAUUUAUACGGUGAAAUCCAGUUUGUCUCUGGGGGAACUUCUGCUGGUGAAGGUGGAGAAGGAUCCGUUCUUCCUCCUCCCAGAAAAUGAGUGGUACUUAUCCAAACUGGUGGUGACCACUCCAGAGGGAGACGCCAUUCUUUUCCCCUGUUACAGAUGGAUCUCCAGGGGAGAGAUGGUAGAGCUGAGGGGAGGGAGAGCCAUGAAGGUUUUUGAGGAGAAGCAUCCCCUGCUGAUUGAACAUCGGGAAAUGGAGCUGGCACUUAAAAAGAGCUUUUACCAUGGAAUUGAACUCGUGCUUAAGGGGCUGCUUGGCUCUGCUGAAAAAUGGGAAAGCAUUGAAGACAUGAAAAAAAUCUUCUGGUACAAAAGGACUACAAUGUCAGACUAUGUUGCAGAACACUGGAAGGAAGAUGACUUUUACGGAUACCAGUUUCUGAACGCAACCAACCCCAACGUGAUCAAGAGGUGCACAGUGCUUCCCCGAAACUUUCCAGUGACAGAGGAGAUGGUAAAGCCAUUCCUGGAAAAGGGAAGCUCUCUGAAGAGUGAAAUGAAGAAAGGCAAUAUCUUCCUCUGUGACAAGAAGAAGAUGGAUGGAAUACCACCUAGAACCUAUAAUGGUGAAACUCUGCACGUGACUGGUGGAUUCUGUUUGUUCUACAUGAACCCAAACAACAAGCUGAUGCCAAUAGCAAUACAGCUGCAUCAACAACCCUCUGAGGAGAACCCCAUCUUUCUGCCCAGUGACACGGAGACGGACUGGCUGCUAGCCAAGAUGUUUUUUAAAAGUGCAGAUUUAAUUGAUCAUGAAGCAGUCCAUCACCUCAUGAACACUCACUUUCUGGCAGAAGUUUACAUUCUCGCCACGGUCCGCAGCUUCCCUGUGAUUCAUCCCCUCUACAAGCUGCUGUUCCCACACUUCCGAUACACUCUCCACAUAAACACUACAGGCCGCACCGCUCUUCUUGGACCUGGUGGAGCUUUAAAUAUAAGUUCUCUUGGAACCGACGGGGUAAUAGAGCUCAUGAGAAGGGCUCUCUCUGAACUGACCUACAGCACCUUCUGUCUGCCAGAGAAUAUUGCUGCACGAGGACUUGAGUCUAUCCCCAACUUCUACUACAGAGAUGAUGGCCUGAAGCUGUGGAACAUCAUUAACAGCUUUGUGAAGGCCAUAGUGGAGUACUAUUAUCCCUCAGACAGAGAGGUCCAGAAAGACACUGAGCUGCAGGAAUGGAUCAGUGAGAUAUUCACACAUGGCUUCUUAGGAAACAAAGCUUCAGGCUUUCCAGCAAGCUUUCGCUCUGUCAAGGAAGUGGUCAAGUUCAUCACCAUGGUGAUCUUCACAAUGACGGCUCAACAUGCUGCAGUCAAUAACGGGCAGUUUGACUAUAGCUCCUGGGUACCCAAUGGCUCGCUCCUGCUGCACAAACCUCCUCCAACCACUAAGGGGCAGUCAAGCAUGAAGACAAUUAUGGAGACCCUCCCAAAUGUUGGAGAGACGGUCACUUUUGCUGCAAUGGCGCGGACACUUUCGGAACAGUACUCUGACAUGGUUGUCUUGGGGGCAUACCCUGAAGAACGAUUCAAUGAGCCUGCCCCGAAGCAGAUGAUUAAGGAAUUUCAAGCUGAGUUGUCCUCCCUCAGUGAGGCAAUUGCAAAAAGAAACUCAGAGCUUGAAAUACCCUACACCUAUCUGGAUCCUAGUCAGAUAGAGAACAGUGUAGCUACUUAAGAAAGUCUGAGGGAGCCCGUCUGCAGUGGGUAAUUGUAUUCAUACCUAACUCAACACCUGUCUUGCAUGCUGGCAAGACGUGUUCAACUCUGAAUGUAAUGCACUGAGCAGGUGAGGUUUUAGAAACAUGUAGUGAGGUAUUGCAUGCUGGGACUAGAGGACUAUAUUUUGGUUGUAUGGGGAUUUGUAGCUGAUUUUGUUGUU